AUGCAAUCCAAUUUGAUUUCUGAGUUGUCGGCUGAAACGCCGGGGCUGGUUCUUCACGGCCGUAUCUGUAGAAAAUGGAAACCCCGAAACCCCAACACGGAUAGGGUUCUGCGCCUCGAUAUGAUCUGCCUAGACAGAAAGGGAGAUGCUGUUUGGAUUCAAGUGCCAAAAUCUUGCAUGGACAGAUUUGACCAACGCGUGGAAGAACAAAACACAUACCGCAUUGCCAACUUCAAGGUGGUUGCGGAGACCAAAGGCUAUCGUCCUGUUCCCAAUGGUUUAUUCGUGGAAUUGGAAUCAACGUCCACCAUUGAACCAACUCCUGAUCAUGUCCCUCCGUUCCCAACCCAAUGCUUCAGAUUUCUGAAGCACGAAGACAUGUUCCCGAACCGUGAUCAACGAACCAUUUUGCUAGAUGUUGUAGGACAGCUUCUGGAGUUCUCGAAAACCAAGUCAUCUACUUCAAUAAACCGGAAUUCCAAGAGAAAGGAAAUCAAGAUCAUGUUGCCAGAGGGAAUUCCCGUAAAAGUGGUCUUAUGGGGAAGAUUGGGUCUUCAAUUAGAACAGAUAAUUGAUGCUGCCACGAAUCCGAAAAUCAUUCUGAUCAUAUCAUCUGUGAUGGUGUCUGAGUUUAAUGGGGAACUGAAACUAUCAUCAUCUAGCGCAUCAGUAAUGUAUGACAACUUAGAUGUACAUGAAGUGAACACACUUCGAGACAGCAAUGAUGCGUUGGAUGCUCCAAGAUUGCAUGAAGAAAAAGGUCCAGAGGUUAUUGGUCCUCUUUCCAUUCAAGAGUUAAAGAAUUUUACCAGUGAUGCUGCUAAUCUGAACAAAAUCGUCUCUGUAACUUGCAAAGUUGACAAAGUGUUGAAUGAUUGGUUUUAUGAUGGUUGCACCAAAUGCCCAUGCAAAGUACAAGCUGAAGCGGAUAAGUUUUAUUGUAACAAAUGUCAGACCACAAGUAGAAACAGUGUGAAAAGGUUUCGAGUUCAAGUUUCUGUGAAUGAUCCAACGGGGGAGGCUGUCUUUGUACUCUUUGAUGGUGAAGGGAAGAAGUUUUUUGGAAUUUCAGCACAGGCUUUGUACGCUGAUAAGGAAAACGAGCCAAGUGAUGUGCCCGCUGCACUACUAACAAUUGAACACAUGGAAGUUGAGUUCCAUAUAAAAGUUAAGGAGUUCAAUGUAAAGAAAUCUUCACAUGAAUUCACUGUUUGGAAGAUCAAUGAGGCUAAGGAAUCUGUGAACUCAACCACCAAAAUUUCUGAGCCAAUUCAGGAGAACACGUUGUCUUCACAGCAAGGGGGUGGCUCCACCCAUUCUAUUAGUACCAGCACUGUUGUUGAUAUUGAAGAUGAAGAUUUCGAUACUACCAACCGCUCGAACCCGGAACUCCGUCAUAAUGCAAAUGCGAGUGCUACACCUUCAACCAACAAUCUAAAGAGGAAGCAACGUGCCGACUCGGGAAGUGAUGAUAGUGAUGUUUAG